CUGGUCUCGCUUGUCUCUGCUUUUUAUUUAGCCAGCUACCAAGUUGCGACAUUUCACUUCACGCCGCUUCAUCGUUUUGUUUCCCCGCAUAAUAUUUUGGGAUAAAUGCACGACGUAUCGUUUUUUAAACUGUUAUCAUAAAUGUAAGUGAUUCAAUUUUUCCAGCACAAUUAACAUUCGCUCUAAGUAUGGCGUAUUCAGAAUUGGUAAAAUAAUUAUCGUAUCGUGACAUGAACAUUUAUUUAGCAUGCUGUAAUAAGUAAGAAGACAACGUGUUGAAGACAGGAUUAGGCUAUUUAUCAGACCUUCCGAGCGUGUACAGACAGGUUUUUACGGCAGGGGAGCCACAUGAAGAGGUCAAUAAAGAGGAUGACGAAGACGGAAGGAUAAACGACAAGAGACAGCCAGGGAAGGAAGAAACGUGGAGAAGGAGGGAUGAGAAAGAGACUAAAAUAAGAGGAGGAAGUGGAACUCCAAAGUGCCUAAGAAGACUGAGUGGGUGCCUGACGUUCUGGUCUGGAGUGUUUGGCUGGCUGGUGGCCUGCUGCCUCUGUGUACUGCUGCUGUCUGCAUAGGACAGGCUCCUGGCCCUGCUAGCCUGACCAGCCAUACUAAACGCUACAGAGGCCGUGUCACAGUUCUGGAUAUUUGGGGUGGUUUUUGGGGUUUCUGUCUGAAGAAUGGAGUGACCAGCGCGCGCAAUACAGAGACAGACAGACUGACGGACAUAAGAAGAGGAAGCUGUCAUUGGAAGGUCUCUCUCUAGGACAAUGCAUGUCUGAACUAUAUAUCUCAGCAUGCCAGAGUAAGGUCCCCCAAUUUCGUCCUUUUUCUAUGAGACAGAGCUGGCCUCUGCUCACCUCUAUCUCUGAGAACUCCUCCCAUCGUCAGUGGAUCAGGGAUCUGCACCGUACCCAAGAAAACCCACUACUCCAGCCUCCAUACCCAGAAACUCAAAGUCAUUUCAAAGGACCAGCUUAUUCAUUGUAUCCAGUAUAACUAAGUCUUUCAUUUAAUUUCACGCACUCAUCUCCUCUUGUCUUGCCAAGGAGUUUCCAAUUUAUUUUCGUCUGCAUUAGGGCUUUUUGUUUGUGCACUAAGUCCCGAUUGUGUCCAACCCUAGACCCCACUCCUUUAUCCACUUGCCCCUUCUUGUCCCGAGGGGCUGUAAUGGCAGUCAAUAUGGGAAGUAUGGCCAUGGGCCGGGACACUAAGUGGUUGACCCUAGAGGUGUGUCGAGAGUUUCAGAGGGGUACCUGCUCCCGCUCGGACGCUGAGUGUAAGUUCGCCCACCCAGCCAGGAGCUGCCACGUGGACAAUGGCAGAGUCAUCGCCUGCUUCGACUCACUCAAGGGACGCUGCACGCGUGACAACUGUAAGUACCUGCACCCCCCUCCCCACCUCAAGACCCAGCUGGAGAUCAACGGGAGAAACAACCUGAUCCAGCAGAAGACAGCAGCGGCCAUGUUGGCCCAACAGAUGCAGUUCAUGCUGCCAGGAGCCCAGUUGCAGCCCAUAGUGAAUAGCCCACACUACACAACUACGUUCCCUAUGACUCCCAGUAUGUCGUCCCUGGCCACCAGUCCCAGUAUGGCGUUCAGCCCGUAUCUGAGCCACAUGGGGCCAGGGAUGGGCCUGAUGCCUGAGCUGCUACACCAGGCCCCCCUGCUGGUCCCAGGGAGCCCCACCAGCCUCCAGGUCAUGGGCAACAGCAGCUCCCAGCAGAAACACAUGCGGACAGACAAGCUGGAGGUAUGUCGUGAGUUCCAGAGGGGUAACUGCACGCGGGGCGAGGGCGACUGCCGCUAUGCCCACCCUAUGGAGGCAGCAAUGGUGGACGGCAGUGAAAACUCAGUCAUCGUCUGUAUGGACUACAUCAAGGGCCGCUGCUCCAGGGACAAAUGCAAGUACUUCCACCCCCCUGCCCACCUGCAGGCAAGGAUUAAGGCCGCCCAGCACCAGGCCAGCCAAACCGCCAACGCCAUGGCCCUGCCCCAUGGGGCAAUGCAACAGCUACCAAAGAGGCCCACCUUAGAGAAGAGUAACGGGGGUGGUGCUGUGUUCAACCCCAGCAUGUUCCACUAUCAGCAGGCCCUGGCUAACAUGCAGCUGCAGCAGCCAGCCUUUAUCCACCCUGGGCUUAUGAAAGGGCCGGCCCCGCUAGCAGUGGAUGGCCAUUGGGAGAGGCGGGACUGGAGCAGCUGCAGGCACCCCCACAGCCGCCUCUUGUCAGCGCCUGGAUUCACUGUACCCAUGAUGCACGGUGCCACCACCUCCACUGUUUCGUCGGCCUCGACCCCAGUCACCAAUGUUCCUUUCGCAGAAUCAGCCUCCUCCAAUCAGUUGUUUUCUAGGUUUCAUUUCUCCUCUUCCCCUCUCCCUUUCUCCUCUCUCUCUCUCUCUCUCCCCCUUUUUCUCUCUGUCUCUCUCUCAUCUCCUCCAGUAGACCCUUCAGAGGUUCUGAGUGCCGACCCAGUGGACCUUCAGUGCGUCCCCAUGGAAGCCCACUUCUGCCCUCUCCCCAAACUCCUGAUGGCUGCUCCGGUGGCACUGAACCCAGUAACCCUCCCGUGAAACCCCAGUUAAAGCACCCGACAACACCAUCAAACCCUUAGUCAUCCCCAACCAACCAACCCUGCCCCAAAAAUACCACAGUCAACUAUUUGAAUGCAACAAACAUGUGCCUAACCUACAGUGCACCCCAAGUGAGAGGUAGUGUUAUACUCAUUAAGGAGGUAUUCACAUAAUAAAGAAGUUGACAAGGAUUUAUUGACAUUUAUCACAGGCAAUACUAAAGCUUGGACCCAUUACUGUUGAUGUAAAGCCAGCCCAGACUGAUGCACAUUGACUUGAAGGAGCAGACUGAAGGAGAGGCUCCCCAGUUCUUACAGCCAUACAAACCCACACCUUUAACACACAAAUACACAUACACACUAAAAACAGCAAAUCCUCUUGGAGACUAAGCUGAGGAUAUGAGGCGUAAGGUCGUAUAAUCUUACACAGCUGACUGUUCCCUCAAAGUCAGACAGUCUGGAAAGAAAAUGAGUGACAAGUCAGACAAGAAGAAAGAAGUAGUCUGCAGAGGUUGGAUCAUUCUUGAAGUAGUCUGCAGAGGUUGGAUCAUUCUUGAAGUAGUCUGCAGAGGUUGGAUCAUUCUUGAAGUAGUCUGCAGAGGUUGGAUCAUUUUAGAAGUAGUCUGCAGAGGUUGGAUCAUUUUAGAAGUAGUCUGCAGAUGUUGGAUCAUUUUAGAAGUCGUCUGCAGAGGUUGGAUCCUGUAGAUCAUUCUAGAAUGCAAUGCCGUUUUCUUCAUCUUUUCUUUUUCACUUCAAAGAAAUGUGUUGCGUCCCAUUUAAUGUUUACAGUACGUUUCAAGACGGCUGAAGCUUAAAAGCAGUGUGUUAUUAUGUGAGCCAUUUCCUUAGUUCAGAGAGGCUAAGCUCCUAUGGUUCCAAUUCAAAAAUCUCACCCAAGGUCUCAUAUAUGAUGUUCAUUUGUCUGUGCCUUUUGAGUUCCCAGCUAUGUAGGAGAUUUGAUGUCUUAUCCCAAAACAACUGAAGUCAAUGACUUAAAACCCAAUAGCCUUGAUCUCAGACAAAGUAUAGAGAAGUGUUUCUAUUGACACACAAGUCUAUAGCUCCUCCUGUGUAUAUAUUGCCUGUCGAAAGGUCUCUCUGUUCAGGAGGACUAGGUCCUGUGACAAGCUCUCUUCAUGAGAUGAUUUUUGGGUCGUUACACGAAUAGAGUGCCUUUCAAUUGAACUGUUAGAUCACGUACAUCGAUGCUCUAACUAGUCUCGUCAAUCCCAGACCUCGGGCAACAGCACUGGGAAUCAUGAAAAGGAAAUUGUCCUCUUCAGACAGACCAAUCACAAGUUUGGGUAGGCGGGGCUUAGAAUGCAGGCAGGAAUUGUGAAGAACUCUUACCAUGGCCUGUAGAGCCAGACAUGCCAGAACUUCGCAAUUUGAAACCAAAGUUUGCAGGCAAAACCUUUUCAGUGGUUUUAGUGAAGGUAGUUGAUGCAAACUAGCCACUUGUGAAAUACACUCAUUAAAACAACCUCUGUGAGCUCCAACUUGUUAGCUACUAUUUUGGGCAACAAGCGAAUAAGGCAGUGACGUAAGAAAGAAGGAAAUCCCAACUCCACCUUUUACUCUAUGUCAAAUUGACUUUGUCUUAGUACAGACGUGUAUGCUGGAAAACUGGUGCGUUGUGGGAGGCAACCCAUCUGUUUAGAGAGACUAUGCUCUAACUUAACAAAAACCAUUUUCAUUCAAAUAAGUUAUUUGUUUUCUCUGAAAAUCCACAUUUUGCCAUGUCCCAUGUCUUGUUUGUCCAACUUCUAGGAAGAUUUUAACUCACUUAACCCCAAGUUUUUCAGAUGUUUUCAUGGUCAUUUCUGAAGAUGUUUUACUUAUUUAAUGUAAUUCCCCCUCUGACAUCAUUGAACGUCUGUGCACGCAUGAUAGAACAUCAAUGUACUGCUAUUUUAUUUUACCACGAUGCCGGAUGCUCCUCUCCUCCGAUUAAUCAACAAAACAAAAACAAUAUCACCUUUGCUCGGGCCGAAGAAUGGCGCUGUUAUUCCCCUUGUGUGGAUUUCAACUUUAAACCUCUUGAGAUGGGAAAACAUGUUUGUUAUGAAUUUCAACAUGUGCUCCUCAUGACAGAAUGUUACAAUUAAGUGAAAGCGUUAUUUUUGACAAAAUUACACUUCCCAAAAGGUCAUCUAUUCGUGGAAGGACACAUUAUUGAAACCAAAAAUGAAAUUCAAUGGCGAAAUCUGAAAUAAUACUUAUUAAUAUUUCUUGAACUUUCUGGAACCACUGCAGAGGCUGCAUCAGGGGAGUUGCUUUGCUUGUCUGAAAGGUCUAGCAUGCUUACCUGUGUGCCAAUGAUUCUAUAAUGGAGGUUUGUCUGUGCCAAUCAUUGGUGUAUACUGUAUCCUGAAUAGAAUUCCCUUACUGUUGUCGGAUUGAUAUCUGAGUGGAUGUUUCCCCUUCAAUGAGCCUUUCUCUGUCAGACGUCAACUGAUAUUUGCAGAUAUUUUUUGGGGUCAAUCUCCUGCAUUCAUAGUAGUAUGUUUAAGUAAGUGGUAUACAUUUUUCUAUAUGUUGUGUUAAGAAUAUUUUAAUGGAAUGGAUUUGACAAAAAAAUGUGGUUCUGCAGGGAGUAUAUUGAGUAAGCUUGAAAUUGUUCUGUCUGUAAAACAUGUAUUUGAUCAUAGUCACUGUGUCCUUACUUUCAAUCAUCAGCAGACUUUAAAUGCUACAAAUAUAGUGACCUGGUGGGACAGUACCGACCUAAGUGGAGGAAAUAGAAGGAGAUAGUGAGAGACUGAAAGAGAAACUGAUCAGUUCUGGAGUCAAGUAUUUGGUCUUAAAAUAGUAUCCAGAAUUAUUACAAAAUGGAGCAGAAUUGCUAUGAAAAUGGAUAGAGACAAUACAUUAGCUGAUAUGUUUAGGUGAGUUUUAAUGUGCCUCUCUCACUCGUUUUCAAGUCUUCUGAAACCAAUCACUGUCCAUACACUGUAAUAACUGACUUUUCAGUCUUUUCAAACAGAUGAUACGUUGACUAGCACUGCCUGUCUGGCGCCAUUGAUCUGUCGUGUCUCUGUAGUUUCUUCGUUGAAACAGCUGUGCUGUCUCAUCUUUUGAUGAGAUAAAAAAGGUAAUUAGCCUGAGUGGGUGGCGUGUUUAAAUGUUUUCAUUAAUGACACUGAAUCACUGAGUUGGACGUGGAAAUGUUGAGACGUUUUCCACAUCUUGGGGGAAAUGGAUAUUGACAGGAAGCUAUUCAUGUUUAAGUCAUGUCAUUUACGUGGUGAAUGUAUCUAAUAGCGCAAAACUCUAGCGGCAUGUUGAAAUGUAAUGAUUCACUAUAUAGGCUAUUUCUAUUAAGAGGUCAAAUGCAAACCACGUUAAGAAAACAUACUGUGUUAAGAAAUGUUUUAAGUAUGUGUGUGUAUUGUUAUAUAGGUUUAUGUUUACAUGUUUGUGAGUGUGAUGAGUACUUUCAGAAAUAUAUUUGGACAAGUGUGGUCCCUGCAUUUUCCUCCUUUCUUUGAUGCAUUCAGAUGCAUAUUAGAAAUGGUCCUCUCUUAAUCAAUGAAAUUGAUAUUAGAAUGUCUAGACAUAUUCAUUUUGUCUAAAUUGUAUAGCUUUGAAGGACUUGCGUUGCCCAGCCAAGAUGAAAAUCUAUCUUCUCUCUCUCCCCCCCUCUCUAUGUCACAUCAUUAUGCCUUCUCCAACUGCUAUCCAGCUGGAAAUAACAAAAUACUUGAUUUAAGAAAAAGAAAAUGUGCCUCGUGGGGGGGGCGUUAGCAUUUUAAGUAAACUUACAUGUUUAAGAGGUGUGUUUUCCUUGUACAAGAACAUAGUUAACUAGAGUAAUUGUAGUGUUGUUGGUACAAAUAUAUGAUUCUUUCUUUCUUCAUCCUUUACCAGUAUGUUCCAAAGUUUCUCCCUCUCUAAAUGGUACUUGAUCGAAUUUCCGUCACAUUUUUUGUCUUUAUUCCUAAAUCACAAUAUCAAAGAUGUGACUAUUUAUGGACAGAACUGUUAGUGGUAUUUUCACCCAUUUAGAUUUGUUUUUAUUGUUUUAUUCGACAUUUGAAAAAAGUCAUAGCAUGAAAGUAAGAUAAUCUUCAUUGAUACUUAAUUAAUAGUUGGUGUAGUUUCCAUUUAAGAAAAACUAAAAAUAGAAAUUAUAUAAAAAAAUAUAUACAUUUGUAUCUAUACAAUGAUAGAUUCAUUGUUACUUAUUAAUAGUACGUUGUUGUUGUUGCUGUGGCAACAGAACGACAACAUGGCUACCUUUGUCAAUCUUAAUUGUGAAUUUUUUCACAUAUGAAUUGAAAUAAUGUACAACAUUAACUUAUUCAGAAAGGGAAUGUCUUGUUAGAUUGUCUUGGAUUGCAAGAUGAUUGAAUAUUUUGUAAGAAAAAGUCAAGUUAAAUCCUUAAUGUCCAAAGGUCCUCUGGGGAGAUCAGGUGUUUUGUUUGUUUAUCUUUUGGGUUUGAUUCGUUUUUAUUUCUGUAUUUUGUUUUUUUGGAGAGUAAGAACACAUCUCAGCUUUUAAAAUGAUCACCUUAAAUACCAGGAGGGUAAAGAGACUUUGGGACUGGAUACAAGAUUGAAAUAAUUCUGCUAAAUUGAGUCAUUGUAGACUUAUGACCUGAUUUGAUUUGCUGUUUUUGAUCAGCACAUUACAUUGGAGUUGAACUGGCCCAUACAUGCUGUACAGAAUUUGCUAUGCGUCGUCUCUAUGCAUUGUAUUGCCAACAAUUUUCACCUAGGCUCAUAGGCUUAUACUAUAGGCCUUCUGUCCACCUGGACAGGGAGUGCUGAUGUCACCGAGCUCUUGGAUUGGUCCUCAGUAUGAAGUCUCUUUCCCCCUGUGGCCUGCCCAGCUGUGCUGGGAGAUGUUGAUGCUCGCUGGAGCUUUAAGGGAUUCAACCGGUGUACGAAUGUGUGAUAUUCACCUCGUUUGCACUUAUGUACAUAAGUAAGUCAAAAUAUUCUGAAUUUAUUUUGAAUAAAUAUAGAGAAAAGAACUGAUAAAAAAAAUCUAAUUUACUGUAUUGUUAAGAAAUACAGAUAAACAAUUAUCAUUUUAAUACAGUGUAACAAAAGAGAGUUGUUUUUGAGGGAUGUGUCUUUGGUUUUGUUAUAUAUGUGCCCUGCUCCUAUCAAAACAUGAUGGUGCCUCUGUUAAGAGAAAACAGAAUGUGUCAAAAAGAAGCUUUGUAGUUUGCCAUACUUUAUAGAAGCACAUUUAGAAGUCCAGCUAUGUCUGAUCCUGAACCAGUUUAGUUAUAUAUAUAUAUAUAUAUAUAUUUAGUUAGAACUAUAUGCAUUUAGUUAGAACUAAUAGAACUAUAUGCAUUUAGUUAGAACUAAUAGAACUAUAUGCAUUUAGUUAGAACUAAUAGAACUAUAUGCAUUUAGUUAGAACUAAUAGAACUAUAUGCAUUUAGUUAGAACUAAUAGAACUAUAUGCAUUCAGUUAGAACUAAUAGAACUAUAUGCAUUUAGUUAGAACUAAUAGAACUAUAUGCAUAUAGUUAGAACUAAUAGAACUAUAUGCAUAUAGUUAGAACUAAUAGAACUAUAUGCAUUCAGUUAGAACUAAUAGAACUAUAUGCAUUCAGUUAGAACUAAUAGAACUAUAUGCAUAUAGUUAGAACUUAUGGAACUAUAUGCAUAUUCCCUUUAGUAAACAAAUGAAUGAUAUUUCCAUUUCCAUCAGGUGUUCUCCUGUUUGAUGACACAGUGGCACAGUAAAUCAGAAUGCUAGUUUACAUAAAACUAGGGUUGCAAAGCUACCGGUAAUUUAACGAAGUUACUGGAAUCUUCUGUAUUUUUUGGUAAUUAACAGGUAAUAUAUGGCAAUCUAUGAUAACUUUGGUCAUUUAUACUUGAAUACAUUUUUAAAAACGUAUUCAUAUAUAGUUUUCAUAUUGUCCAUUAGUUUCUAGCAGAUUUGAUUCAAGAGGACAUGUAUUCAAUUAGAAUGUAAUCAACAAUGGCAUUAUUUUCAAUUAACUCUGCAAUGCUUCGAACUAUUGACUAAACUGACACCAGUUUAGCUACAAAACAUUUACAACAAAGACAUAUUGACAUAGUCUUGUAAAAUAAUGAAAAGUGUGUAAAAACAUAUAGAAAGGAUAUUUCAUGCUUAAUCCCUCAUAUUAAACACCAGUGGUAUUCACUAAAUUGAUGGUUUAUAUUUAGAAUAAUGUUUUACAACUUUGCCAUUGUAUUUUUUUAAAUAUUAAAAUCUUCUUAUUUGAUUGUUAUAUAUUUGACAUAUGAUAAGGCCACACAGAGGGCCAGAGAUCAUAACAGACACCUGUGGUCAUCUGAAGUCCCCAGAAGGGCCACUAGAUGUUUUUUGAUAAUUUACAUUAAAUCCUUGAAAUUUACCAAAUUUCAGGUAGUUUACUGGUAAACUUUGAAAUUGCAAUGUAAUAUACCCUUCCUUUGCAACCCUAUAUAAAACUAGAUUGGUUUCAAGAUCCAACCGUGUUAGGAUUUUCAACACUAUCAGUCCCAUCAUUCUGCAUGCAAGUCGAUGUGCAGAAGAACCUGUGAAUUUGGUGGUCCACCUGCUGUCUGUCUAGGAAAUGACAUCCGCUGACAGUCGGAAAAUAAUGGAUGUCAGUUGUGCGCAAAAACAGGAAAUAAUUUGCUACUCAUGUGUAUUUGAUUUGUGAGAAGGGAUUUUUCUUUACUCAUUGUCAUUAUCCAAAAAACAAUCAAUCUGAAUUCUCCACAGGAUUUUAGUCAGAUCUGGAUUUUAAAAAACUGGUUUUACUACAAUCACACACACUUGCGAAACAAACAUCCCUGACGAAAACUUCUGUUCAUGAGAACUUGUACAUUUAAUGCUCUUCAAUUGCUUUGGAAGCCAAUCAUUUUGUUGCCAUGGCACUUGUCCUAGUGGUGGUGGAGGGACUGGGUCUCAGUGGAUUGGUCCAAGGCCUUUCCACUGUAAACAGAGGAGAGGGCAACCUUCCUGUAGACUGGGGGUAAGACUGGGGGUCAAGGCUCCCAAACUUUUAACAACUGAUUCAAAGAUCAGUCUCAUAAUGUACAUCUGUGCGUGUUGAUGUGAAAGCAAAAACAUAACAUCUCAUUCAUGGCAAGUGACCACAGAAUUUGUCCCUUUAAUUUAAAUAACCAUUAGUUGCUUUGGGUGCUUUCUUGGAUAUUAGUUGCCUGUUUCUGCUUGCUUGGCAAGGCAAUGCCAAGGAUUGAACAAACUUGCACCAGGUAAAAUAUUGGGUUUGUUUAAAAGCAUUUCCGUUGGAGAGAAGGCUGUCCAUUAUGCUCCUCUCUCCCCCACUCUAGGACAAAAGUGAAAUUGACUGCUUUGAUUCCUGGUAUGAAAAUGCUUCUCUUUCACUUUCUAUUUAGCUUGUUGUGCUUGUACGUGCUAGAGAACUGUGCUACAUGCCAAUUAUUUUUGCUAUGUAUAAAUAUAUAGGUAUACAUACACAUAUGACUUAUGUUAUUUUUGUUUUACCUUUUAAUAAAGCACUUAAUUGGUGAUCUA